AUGUUCAGUCCCGGCCUCGCGCCUCGAUAUCCUCACCCUAUCGGAAGAUCAACGAAAAUCCUCCGCGAUCUGUGGGCCGCCAAGGAGAAGCUCCAGGCGUACCGAGCCCGCACCGGCGGCGGCGAUGACGCUGAACCCGACAACGAGUCGGCCCUCGCCUGCAGCACUAUAAAACGCGUGAUUCUCCAGGACAUAACGUCGCGCGAGAAGCGCCUCACGGCUGAGUUCUUCAUGCGGCACCCGUCCGAGCUGAAUGGCGGCGACGAUGAUGCCGCCGGCCACGGCGUUGACCAGACUGACGACGAUGACGUCCGCUGGGGGUUGACGAGGGAGCAACUAUCCCGGAUCCUCCUUCUUCUGCAACCCGGUAGAAACGACCAGCCGAAAAUUGCCAAUGUUGCUGCUACACCAGGCCUCUCAGCCACCCAUCCUCAGGCGAUGCCAUCUACAUCUGCAGCGCCAACACCCCAAAUUCUCCUCAGUGGACACAACUGCCCUAGGUGUUAG